AUGACUAAUGUACCUUUUGAAUAUACACCUUUAUUUUCUUUAGGUGAAGAUACUACCCAAUAUCGUUGUAUCUCAAAAGAAGGAAUUAGAAUUAAAGAAUUUGAAGGAAGAGAAAUGUUAAUUGUUGAUAAAGAGGCUAUUAGAUUACUUACCAAUACAUGUAUUCAUGAUGUCAGUUUCUUUUUAAGACCAAAACAUUUAAAACAAUGGGCUGAUGCAUUAAAAGAUCCUGAAGCAACAGAAAAUGAUAAAACUGUCAUUAGAGCAUUAUUUGAAAAUGCUAUUAUUGCUUCUCAUCAAAUAUUACCUUUAUGUCAAGAUACUGGAACUGCAAUUUGUCAUGGUCAUAAAGGAGAAAAUGUUCUUGUUGAAGGUAAUGAUGAAGAAGCAAUCAGUAAAGGAGUAUAUGAUACUUAUAUUAAUGAUAAUUUAAGAUAUAGUCAAAAUGCACCUCUAUCAAUGUAUGAAGAAAUAAAUACUAAAUGUAAUCUUCCAGCUCAAAUUGAUAUUCAUUCAGAUAAAGGAAAUGAAUAUAAGUUCUUGUUUUGUGUUAAAGGUGGAGGAAGUGCUAACAAAAGUUAUUUAUUCCAAGAAACUCGUGCUGUUUUAACACCAUCAAAAUUAAUUGAUUUUAUUGUCACUAAAAUGAAAACUCUUGGAACUGCUGCUUGUCCUCCUUAUCAUCUUGCUGUUGUUAUUGGAGGAACUUCAGCUGAGAAAAAUUUAGAAACUGUUAAAUUAGCAUCAACUGGAUAUUAUGAUUCAUUACCAACAACUGGAAAUAAAGGUGGUAGAGCUUACAGAGAUCUUGAUAUGGAAAAACUUUUAUUACAAAAAGCUCAAGAAACUGGUAUUGGUGCACAAUAUGGUGGAAAGUAUUUUGCAUUAGAUGUUAAAGUUAUUAGAAUGCCAAGGCAUGGUGCUUCAUGUCCAAUUGGUAUUGGAGUAUCUUGUAGUGCAGAUAGAAAUAUUAAAGGUAAAAUCACUAAGGAUGGAAUUUUUGUUGAAGAAUUAGAACACAAUCCUGAACAAUACUUAUGUGGACUUACUCAUGACAUUUCUAAAGAACCUACAAGAAUCAAUUUAGAUGUUCCUAUGCCAGAAAUAUUGAAACAACUAACUGUUCUUCCUGUAGAAUCCCCUGUAUUAUUAAGUGGUACUAUUAUCGUUGCAAGAGAUAUUGCCCAUGCUAGAAUCAACGAUAUUUUAAAAGAAACAGGUGAUGUCCCACAAUAUAUUAAAGAUCAUCCUAUCUAUUAUGCAGGACCUGCUAAACAACCAAAAGGUUAUCCAAGUGGAUCAUUUGGUCCUACUACUUCUGCUCGUAUGGAUCCUUAUGUUGAUGACUUCCAAGCACAUGGUGGAAGUCUUGUAAUGAUAGCCAAAGGUAAUAGAAGUGAAAUGUUAACUAAUGCUUGCAAGAAACAUGGUGGUUUUUACCUUGGAGCAAUUGGAGGUGCUGCUGCUUUAUUAGCUGAAAAGAAUAUUAAAAGUGUUGAGUGCAUUGCCUUUGAAGAUCUUGGAAUGGAAGCUGUGUGGAAAAUUAAAGUUGAAGACUUAUUGGCUUUUGUUUUAGUUGAUGAUAAAGGUAAUGACUUCUUUAAACAAAUUAAGCCAUUCUGUUCCUCUUGUUCUAAGAAAUGUUGUUGUGAGACAAAAUAA